GGCAGCGGGGCAGGAUGUUGGUGUUGGUGCUGGGGGACCUUCACAUCCCGCACCGGUGCAGUGCUCUGCCCGGCAAGUUCAAGGAGCUGCUGGUUCCAGGAAGGAUUCAGCACAUCCUGUGCACGGGAAACCUCUGCACCAAGGAGACCUAUGACUACCUCAGGACCCUGGCUGGGGAUAUCCACGUCGUUAGGGGGGACUCGGAGGGCCUGAAUUAUCCUGAAAAGAAGGUUGUAACUGUUGGGCAGUUCAGAAUCGGGCUGAUUCAUGGCCAUCAAGUAAUCCCCUGGGGUGAUGCAGCCAGCCUGGCACUGCUGCAGAGGCAGCUGGAUGUGGACAUUCUCAUCUCGGGACACACACACAGGUUUGAAGCAUUUGAAUAUGAAAAAAAAUUCUACAUCAACCCGGGAUCAGCUACAGGAGCCUACAGUGCUUUAGAAAGGAACAUCACCCCUUCAUUUGUGCUGAUGGAUAUCCAGGCUUCCACUGCUGUGACUUAUGUUUACCAGCUAAUUGAGGAUGAUGUGAAAGUAGAAAGAAUCGAGUUCAAGAAGUACUGAAUCAUGUUCAAAGCUCCUUGAGGACUUCUCGCUGCCUUUCACCCCUUCCCUUCCCCGUUCAGGAGCAGCAGGCCAUGGUGUGGUGCUGCACUGAGCUGGGCUGUAAAGCAGCUGUGAGACUUUACUGCUGAUGAACUGUUUGUCUUGGUUCCCAACCAGAACUUGAAGCAGAAGACACAGCUGAUGAAGAGAAAGAAGCCUGUGAGGAAAAUCCUGUGUCUAAGGAGGAGCUGCUUGUGUUCCUGGCCUACAGGAGUCAGAGAGGGUGGUGGUAGCUGGGCAUUGAACUUCUGUAGAACAAACAUAGAAUAAUAAA